GGACAUGUUUCACCGCUGACGAUAAUAGGCAAGUUAUUCUGCAUGUUCUACGCAUUGCUUGGUAUGCCUCUCAUGUUAUUAGUCCUGACCAAUGUUGGCCGAGUGAUGGCGACAUCAGCUCGACUACUCUACAGAAUGUACACCAGUCGACUCUGCAAGAGACUUCGGUGCGGAAAGAGGAACAAAACCAAAAAGAAAAAGAAGAGGAAAAAACAAGCAAAGAAAACAUUACAGCGAAAAGGUAGCACCAAAUCAGCCAAGGGGGCUCCUUCAAGCCAGAAGAAAGUUCGAAAGGGAUCAAAAAGGGGGAACAAGAAGAAUUCUCAGUCUCAUCGCCAAACAAUCGUUAACAUGGACAAUCAGACCAAACUAACCAACCAACGUCCUUUAUCUCUCAACAUGGAUAUAGUAUCCUCAAGUGAUCCUAGAUUACCACCACCUUACGCAGAAUCGAAUGAGAUGGCAGAUAGAUUAGCAGAAGGCAACGAUGAAGAGGAGGACGUGUUUUCGGACACACAGAGCUCCCGUCGCAGUCUUGGUAGUACACCACGUCAACAAUCCUUGAUCAAUCUUCCUCGUCCCAUCAGUGAAGAGAUUGGUCAAGGAUCAGUCGACGAUUCUAAGAGUGACACAGCUUCACUCUGCACCGCGUCAGAGAUGGACAGGCGAUCGCCAUCGCUUGCAAAGAGUGACAGUUAUGAUUCCGCCAGCUCGCAGCCAUUCCCGACAACCAGUCGCGCCGAGUCGAAUGUUGAGUUGGGUAGCGGGAAACAAAAUCGUUCGUCUUUCCCUCGACAGCAGUCGUGCAUUGAAUUCCGUCAGUUUGAUAAAGGAAGCAGCGAGGGGGAGGAGAGGAAGGAAGGAGACGGAAGUGAAGGUGAUUCAAGUCGACCACCUUCAGAACAGAAGAGUAUAUCGAGACAAAGCUCAUCAGCGUCAAGGUAUAAUCAGUCAGGGUCGCAGACCUAUCCUAGAGCAGAAAAACGUCGGAAACGACGAAGGGACUAUGCUCAGAGUGAAGGUAGUGCUUCUCUUGAUCGCUCCAAUCUAGGAGUUAAUCAUAGACAUGGUAACACUUUUCCAAGGAGGCGGAGAGCGCGGAAAAAGAUUCUAAUGAAACCACCAAGUCUUUACUCAUUACAUCAUCAUAGAAAGCUAAAGCUUAUAGACUCUACUCUUGCAAUACGUUUAGCCACUUAUGACAAGAUUCUUGGUAGUAGUCGCGAAGACUUGGCUUUUGCUCUACCCGAGUUAUCUUGUGGGGAAAACACAAAGCUCCUUCACGACAUCGCAAAUAAAGGUUUCGAUCCUCGUCCACUUCCUGUUCAACCAGAGGCUGAAGUCGUACGUGAAGGUGGUAGAAAGGGAAAGGGUAAACGGAAAAAGAAAGGUCGUCGAGGGGAUCAGCUCGAUGAUGAAUUAGGAACAAUCUAUGAAGGUAGUGAAUCAGACACUAGCGAAGGACGGGGUACAAGGAACCUUGAGGUAGCUGAUAUCCCGAUGUGGCCCGUCUUACUCCUUCUAUUUAGCUACAUAACCUCCGGUGCCAUUUUAUUCUCUAUGUUAGAAAGCAACUGGGAUUUCUUCGACGCAUUCUAUUUCUGUUUCAUCACACUAACUACCAUUGGUUUUGGGGAUCUAGUACCUGACACUAAUUUAACUAGCUUAAUCGCUUGCUGUGUGUAUACAAUGAUCGGUAUGGCAGUCACGUCGAUGUGCAUUGCUCUCAUCAUUAAAAAGUUUAUAUUUAUAGUCAAAAGUUUUGGACGAAGGAUCGGCAUCAUCAAGGAUUGAUCCAAUGAAUUAUAGCACACAUAGAGUUUUCGUUCCUAGUGGGUGUUUCAUAAAGCCGUUUGUAAAGUUACGCACGACUGAUGACCUUUCUUGUGCCACACUAUCCCUAUGUAGCUCUAUUAGCACCUAGGCUAAGAUCAUGUUCCAGUCGUGCGUAAAGUUGUGCGAAACUUUACGAACAGCUUUAUGAAACCCCCACCUGGGCGGAAGAUUUUGCAUGCUUGGGACGGGAGCUGAGUGAACAUCAAAGUCCAUUUUCAGAUGUUCAAAUUCUAUAAUCGCACCUGCCAACAUUUUACAUAGUGCAUCGUAGCGUUUAACCAGCUUGGUGUUUCAUAAACUAUUUGUAAAAUUACGCACAACUUUACGCACGACUGGAACAUGUUCUUAGGUCAUAAUUCAAUUAUACAGGGAUAUCACGUAGCACAAGAAAGGAUCACCAGUGGUGCGUAAAGUCAUUCGCAUCUUACGAACAGCUUUAUGGAACAC